UCGUGCAGGGGACAUCGAGCAGCCAAAGGAGCUCGGGCCACAGCCACCAACCAGACUCAGGGGCAUGGCCCUCGAAAGGGUCCCACGAAGGGUGGGGGUGGUAGGCUACGGCCGCCUUGGACAGUCCCUCGUCUCGCACCUGGUAGCUCAGGGACCGAAACUGGGCCUAGAACUUGUUUUUGUCUGGAAUCGGGACCCAGGACGAAUGGCAGGGAGCGUGCCCCCCUCCCUACAGCUCCACAACCUUGCUGCCCUUGGAGAAAGGCACCCUGAUCUUGUGGUGGAAGUGGCCCAUCCCAAAAUAAUCCAUGAAUUUGGGGCACAAAUCCUGCACCAUGCCAAUCUCCUGGUGGGGUCCCCCUCAGCCCUAGCAGACCAGACCACAGAGCAGCAGCUCCUGGAGGCCUCGCACCACUGGGACCACGCCGUGUUUGUGGCCCGAGGGGCCCUGUGGGGCACUGAGGACAUCGCCAGGUUGGACGCAGCCGGGGGCCUCCAGAGCCUUCGUGUCACCAUGGCCACACACCCCGAUGGCUUCCGGCUGGAGGGACCCCUGGCUGCAGCCCACAGCACCGGGCCUCGCACUGUGCUCUAUGAAGGCCCUGUCCGUGGGCUCUGUCCCUUUGCCCCCCGGAACUCCAACACCAUGGCAGCCGCUGCCCUGGCUGCCCCCAGCCUAGGCUUCGACCGCGUGAUUGGGGUGCUUGUGGCCGAUCUCAGCCUCACAGACAUGCACGUGGUGGAUGUGGAGCUGAGAGGACCCCCAGGCCCCACAGGCCGAAGCUUUGCUGUGCACACCCACAGAGAGAACCCUGCCGAGCCAGGCGCUGUCACAGGGCUGCUGCCAGCUCCCCUCCAGGCCCGGGAUCCAUCUCUGCUGAGAAGCCUCCUGCCCGAGACGACGUCCUCAUCCGAUUUACCUUCCCACCACCACAGUCCCACUCCUGCCCUGGCCUCACUUUCCCGGGAUCUCCCUCCUGUCUCAGUAAAGAUCACAGAUUCUUCGCCCUGCAUGGCCUGGCAUCUCUGGUCCCUUGUUUCCCUCCUGUGACGUCACGCCGAGUCCGCACA